AUGAAAUCAGAAAGAGUAAUGCCUUUGCCUGAUACUUUUGAAGUUAUAAAAUCAGAAGAAAACUCUAAUAUUUUAGAUGAGAAUAUUUGGACUCAAGCUGAAAAAAAUGAGAGCGAGACUGAUAAUUUCGAGUGCACUGAAGAAAUGAAAACAGAAAUUGAAUAUAUUUUCCAUCAGGCAUUUAUAGCUUUGGUAAUUCAUUUUUUACAUACUUUUUUGGGUCCAAUUUCAAUCCCCUUUUUAUGGCUAGUUUGUGGAAAAAACUUGUGCACAAACAUGGGUUUCAACUGGCACCAGUUUUAUAUAUAUGAACUUAUACCCUGGACUUGGAUUCCCUUAACAAUAUUAUAUUAUUUCUUAUCAUACACAGAAUUUAGCAACUCUUCUAGCAUAAUUUUGGCGACUUCUUCAGCCAUUUUUAUAAAAGAACUGCUUAUAUCAAUUAAUAAAUAAAAUGGCAUUUGGUUCGAGCGAAAUUGGCUUCGAUAAUUUUCUCUCCCUCAUGGAAUUUUUAUUUAUGGGGUUAGAUUUUCUAUUGAGAACUUCUGCACAGUAAUAGUGGUUUAACUCUGGGAAUAUCCAGAGACACUGCUCCUCAGUGCACCAAGAGCCUCAGGGUUUUACCUCUCAGCACAUCUCCACGGGAAGAUGGCCAUUAGGCGGAGCACGCGCAGGAGCUGAUUCAGGGCAAGGCAAGGCAACAAAAACGCGCCGGGUGAGACGUGCGGCGAAGACUGGCGACGAAGCUUUGAUAGAAGGUUUGGGCGGUGGGCUGACCACCGUGAAUCCAAGAUGAAUCGGUGGCGUCAUUAGUUUAGCUAUAUCUCAUUUAUAUAUGUGCGACAUUAGACACCUUAAACACCAGAUAUUAAGUAAGUAAAUAAAUAAAUCAGUAAGUAAGUAAGUAAGCUAAUAUAUCAUUAAGUAUGGCUACUACACAGAAGAAUUUUGGAACUAUAUGAAAUCAGAAAAAAUUCCAGCCAAAAUGUUGGUUGAUCAAUUAAUAGUGUCAUCAUGGCAGAUUAUUCCUCCUGAUAUAGCUCGUCAAGAGCUAUUGAAAAGUUUCAAAAGGCUCAAUAGAGACCCUAGUCAGCUUUGCAUGGCUUUUAAAUCGGAGCUGCCUGAAAAAAUAAAGGAGAUGAUUGAGAAAACCAAAGAUUUGUACAAUAUAAAGAAUAGUCGCGUAAAAGUUUUGCAUCAUAGAAAAUCAAAAGACUGUGUUCCAUCAAUCAUUUUUAGUAAAAUUUUAAUUGAUUUAGCAGUCAAGUUUUCAAUGUCUAAAUUAGAGUCGAGAAUUCUUGAUGUUUUUGCUCUGAGUUUUGCACUAGCUCCUAUAAUUUCUUUUGUCAUUAAUUAUGGAUGGGAUUUUGGAGCUCUUGGAGUUAUUUAUUGGCUUUAUUCUUUUCUAAUUUGUAUCGUAAUUGCAAGGAGAUAUCUUUUAUAUGUAUAUGUUGGAAUUGUUGAUAUGAAAAGACGGAAAUUUUUAAUGAAGCGAUGCAGCUCAUUAAUUAGCAUUAAGGAAAGGGACAAAAGUUUACCAGAAGAAUAUUGGUAUCCAAGUUUAGAUUUUUACGAUUUAAAAAGUAUAGAUUCAUGGUAUAAUAUGAGAGCAGCUUUUCUGGAUUUUGGAAGGCAAUACACAUAUCGAACAGUCAUAUAUGCUUCAUCAAUUCUCCCUAUAUGCAUUUUGAUUAUUUUUUCAUUGAUUCUUGAAAUGUUUGAAAUUAUAUCAAUAAUAAGCAUUCCUGCUACAAUUGCAGUAAUUUAUUUGGCUUUUAUUAGUUUGAUUGGAAUUGCAUAUAUGACUAUUAUAGGUUCACAAAUAAAUGAUAUGUUUGAUGUCCAUCGAGAUUUGAUUACCACACUAAGCAAUGAUGUUUUGCAUAUCAGCAAAAAUAGUCAGUCUAAUAAUAAUGCAAUUUAUCAAUCCUUGUGCUCAAUUGAUAGUAAGCUGCAGCAUGAUGAAAUUCUAAGACCUAUCAAAAUUAUGGGUCUCAAGGCAAAUUCGAAAUUUAUUGCUAAUUUAGGAGCACUCAUCGUAAGUGGCUUGGCUUCAUUAUGGCAGAUUGGAUAUGCUCGCGGUACCAAUUUGUAA